CACAUAUUCAUACUCACCUUCCCUCCCUAACACGCACUGCUACAUUAUAUUAUUAUUAUUAUUAAAAUAAAAAAAUCCUCUCAUAAUUUCCCCCACUACUCCUUUGUCUCGUAGCCUAAAGUACUUAUUUUAUUUAUUCAUUAAAAUUCGGAAAUAAUUAUUUGUGGGCAUUUUAGUUGAAUUUGAAGAUACAAUCACAACAGAAAAGCGUAGGAGAUGAAGAAAAGUGGGAAAGAACAAAAACAGAACAAGAUAGUGAGAAUAAUAACAACACCAAUAAGAGUAUUGGGAAGAGCAAAGGACAUGUACGUAAGAAGCAUAACAAAGUGCGGUAACAACAUGAAUUACAGCAACCCAAUAGAUUCUACUAGUAGAUUUGAGGCUUUACCAAGAAGUUACAGCGCAGUAACAACAAGAUCUGGUGGUGAAAGUGAAGAUUUCGCUGAGCUUAUGAGAGCAGCUUCAGCUAGGACUUUGGUCAACACAAUCGAUGUGGAUUUCGUUAUAAAACAACACCAACAAGAAUCUGACACGUCACGACCCGUUUCUUCAAAUGGGUUGCCUAAAUCCGUUAGUGUUGUUAUGGGUCGGAUUGAUGAGGAAAAAGGCUUCUGAUUUUGGUGACGUGGAUCUUCUUCAUGUUAUCCCAGAACUACAAGUUAUGCUGUUGGAAACACAAGUGUUAAUGUUAUUAUGUAAAUUCACAAAAAUUCCAUGUCUUUUGAGAAUUCAUAUUUGCAAUUUUUUUUUAUUCUGCUCAUUUAUUUCAUUUCCAUGUUUGUCUCCUGAUAAUGAUAUCCUCCUCAAUGCAAUUCAAUGAUUCCUUUUAUCCCA